AUGUUCACGAAUGAGAAAUCAGUGUUCAUCAUGGCUUUCCGCACGCGCAAGAGGCCUCUCUUCCGCGUUGUAGAGCCGACUUUCCAGUUUCUCCAUGAGACUGAAGCAUCGAAGACCAUUACGUAUGAGCCUGAUCAAUCUGAGUUGCUUGCUACCUAUGGGUAUGAACAGAGAGAGUACCUCAUGUCUGGUGUUGCUGCUAGAUCAUCAUACUGCACCCGUGUUCUGCUUCGACGUCCCGCGGAUCCGUUGAGGUUUUCUGGUCUCGUCAUUGAGGAGCCUGCUCAUCUGUGGGGCGGAACAACCGUAUGGCGGUUGAUAGAUCGGUGGAUUAUGCGAAAUGGCCAUGCCUGGUUGGGAGUGGAUUCGCAGGGUCCAGCCGCUAUUGACCAGACCAAGAGGCUUGAUCCGGAUCGCUACAAAGAAAUGCACUUCAAACCGUGCCCACCCUUGGAUGAUUUCAUGAAGCCCCUUCCCCGCAUCGGCAACAUAUCCAACGAGGAGUACUUGGACAACUACGGGGACUUCAAGACCAAAUGGUCCGUUGCAACUUCACAGUCUCCUGAAAUUCUCACCGCCGCAUCGCAUGGUCUGAGAAAUGGGAACAUGGAAAUUUGCGCAAUGGGCAUCAUUCUCUGUGGCCAUUGCCAAUCUGGAGACGUGGUCCGGAAUUUCAUUAUUGAUUCAUCGCAUCUGCAUCUGCCUGGUGGACACGUCCCAUUCGAAGGAUACAUGCCAUGCCAGUCCGACGGUGGCCCUGCGCUUCUCGAUAUGCCUAAUGCCAAGAUCAUUGAAGUUUUCGGAGAACAAGAUAUCCUGUGGACCAAGAACCUUUACGGAACAGUUGAAGAGCCUAUUCCGCACCGUCGCUUCGACAGCGGUGCCUUUCGGCUUUAUGAAGUUCCGGGAUUGCCUCAUCGGGAGUCUCGAUACAUUUCGCUAGCUGAGUUGAAGCGCCUAUCGGGUCGCUAUUUUCGAUUCGAUGGCGAGAUGGAUAAGCGCAGUCCGAGAUCCCCCCGCAGUGCUCUCAUCGCUACUAUCGAUUCAUCCGAGGAAAUUGAGCGGGACAUUUUUGAGACUGCCAUCGGUGGCGUUCGAACUGUUCAUACAGACGUGCCGGUUGCGAGGACUAUCAAUGAUUCCCCCAAGGACCGGCCGCAUUGGUUCAAUGGAAAAGAUGUUGCCUUUACGCCCACCCAGAUGCUGGAGAUCUACAAAUCGCUGGCAAACUUUCGACGCCAGGCAGCUGACGCCAUUUAUCGACAGGUUGUGAAUGGGUUUCUGUUGCCCGAAGAUGCUGAAAUCUUGCGUCGCGAUGCACUUGAGCAUGUGACUUUCUAG